AUGCCAAACACGGCACGACCACCAUUGCACCAUGCCGUGACAAUGGAAGCGCCGCGACGCCCUCGAUCUAACAGGCCACCACUGCGUCGAUCAAUUCGUCUCGAAGACGAUGAAGGUGCCGCGGAAGAGCGACGCCGUGUUUUCGGCCACGGACCUCGAGCUCCGUCAUUUGAUGAGGGAGAUGUAAGCGACCAUGAAUGUGAAUGCCAGCGUGCAUCACUCGAAAGGUCUGGCCCCUCUGCUGAAACGCCUGAUGAAGAUUACGAACCAGAGUUUGUCGCCUCUCCUCAUAUGGAUAAACCUGACUCACGAACACGCGGUGCUUCAGCAGACCGUGUGCUCGACCAACGUGUACAUUUGACUCCUCGCGGACCAUCCAGAGCUCACUCUCAGGGCGUGUUCGAAAGACGUUUACCUAAAAUAUAUAAAUUAGGGCUUAUUGAUAAGUCAAAACGAGCAAGUUCGAGCGCCCUUUACGAAAGAGCAGAUAGAUCGCCCACUGAGGCAUUCUAUAAUGCUACAGGUUCUACACGACUAAGUUCACAAGAACUUUUUGAAAAGUUUUGUUCAGAAGAUUUUACUUCUCUAUACGGGAGAGAAGAAUAUAGACCUCGCCGUCCUCCACACUCUAAAUCAACUGGAAGCAGUGGCUCAGAUGUACGUCACGAGAGAACUUGUUGUCGACGCAUACCAUGUGGCUCACAACCUGCUUUAAAUCGGCGUCAUCACUACCACACUCCACGGUCUGAUCGGUCAACAGAUUCCGACGAUACAUCGCCCGGGAGAACUAAUUUUCGUAUUCCUUCAGAUAUAUACGAGCAAAGUAUAACUGAUUACCCGAGAUCAGCUGCACUACUAAGUCCUGAUAAGUUCGAAGCAAGGUUUACGUUUGAUAUAUCUGAACGCAGCGAAGUUACUUCGUAUCGUGACGAAACUCCGUCGGAUGCAACAGAAACGAGAAAUCUUACUCUGUAUGAAGAGCCCCAUUCAGAUCGUACGAGUAUUUGCGAAUUAUACGAUGCAGCUUUUUCUUCACACCGACCAUCAUUCAAACGUUAUAGUUCACGUCGUCAAUGUGGCCCCUUUGAUUUAAGCAAUCUAGAUUUCCGUGCGAUUGAUGAUGAGAGUCCACGAACCAGCCGCCGUACAUCGCAGCGAAGUAUGGACGAUACUAUGCGUCAAACUUCAGAAUCUCGUAGUUGGGCAUCAGAUUCUGUUUUCGCUACACCAGAACGUAGAGCGAUAACCACUACCACUACUUCACCGUCAUCUACAGACACUCGAAAGUUUGUCACGGCCUCGGAGCGUGCAGAAUCAGCAGCAGCAGACUCAACUCAAGCUGAUACGACUGCGGCUGAAGAACAACCCAGCGUGAUUGAGCGAUCUGAAUACUCCUUAGCACUCACUCUAGGUCGGAUAAACAUAGACGGUUCCCCAGAAAGACCAGCUUCAACUCCAUCAGGUUUAGUUCGCAUAUCGAGUCGACCUUCAAUGCUAAAAUUAGAGCCCAUAGAACCCGAGAGACUCUGCGGCGGCGCUGGAGAACAAGAAACAAUUGCAGCAUCACGUAAACGUCGAGGGGCCAGUGAGCCACGCCGCUCGGCUCGAUGUUUUCCUCUCUGA